UCGUGAGUAGACCACAAGCGUCGUGCCGUGUAGUGUCGUCGAGGUUAUGUGUCGACACCACGUGACCGUUGGUAGGACUGUUCUAUGACCCGGAGACCUCUACUGAGAAUGCCCCGUAGAAAGCAGUCGAAGCCACGCUCAGUGAAAAACGAUGCGGAGUCAGAGUCCCAGGAGCCUUGCCAGGAACAGCUUCAGUCCCCGGGCGCCGACGAGUUUCCGGUCUCCAGCCUGGAGGAUCUGAUGACCGAAGAGGAGGUAGACAGUUUAGAGCGUUCUGCACCCUCCAGGGGAUCGUCCUGCGGGCCUUUAGACCAAGAUGAUUCCAAUAGCCUGGGAUCUGACGCCCUGGGGACCGAGGCUGGAUCCUCGUGGGGGUCUGAGGGUCAGACCUCUCCCCCCAGCUCCUGCGCGACACCUAACUCCGCCACUGAUGUGCCUGACGCCGAACUAACUUUUACCUUGGGUGUUACCGAGGGCACCCCCUAUCCCUGUGCGUUCUGCGAUAAGGCAUUUCCACGCCUCAGCUACCUCAAGAAGCAUGAACAGUCGCACACAGAGCACAUGCCGUUCCGCUGUGACUACUGCAACCGCUUGUUCAAGCACAAGCGCAGCCGGGACCGCCACAUCAAGCUGCACACCGGCGACAAGAAGUACCGCUGCAGCCAGUGUGACGCUGCCUUCUCCAGGAGUGACCACCUUAAAAUUCACAUGAGGACUCAUGACAACCUGAAACCGUUCCAAUGUACGGUAUGUAACCGUGGCUACAACACUGCUGCCGCCCUCACCAGUCAUAUGCAGACCCACAAGAAGGCCAGUGACACCCCCUCCCCCACCCCUGCUGCUCCUGGCACCACCUUCAAGUGUCUGCAGUGUUCCGAAAUCUUCCGCAAACCUGAAGAUCUGCAGAGUCACAUGGCGUCACAGCACAAUGUGGAAGCUAGAGCUACGCCUCCAGUUGUACCAUCCCCACGUCGGCUCCGGCUGUCUCCCCACGAUAGUGGCAUAUCUUGUGUAUUCUGCACCAGGGAAAGUUUUACUAGCUUGGAAGCUCUACAACUUCAUAUGCAAACUAUGCAUGGUACCAUCUUCAAUGGCGAGAGACAGCGAGAUGUUCCACAAGAGCGACCUCUCUUCCCCUCCCAAGCCUCGCCAUCCCCUAGCCUAUUGCCGUCGCAUCGACACCCGAUGCUGACUCCCCCUUCCCCAUCACUGCCCUACUCCUGUGACCUCUGCACCAUGAGAUUCCACUCAGUACCUGCCCUGCAGAAACACACCUUUACCGUCCAUGGAUUCCACGCUAAGGAGACCGGUUCGUUGUUGUGCGUCCAGUGCAACCUCCAAUUCUCCUCACCCGCCCUGUUUGCUGAACACUACGUACUGCUCCACGGCACGUCUAUGGGAGUGUUCGGCAGAUCAGCGGCAGACCAGAUGAAGCCCACUGAUCUGUCACUGACCAAAAAGUCCAAUGCGAGAACUUCUGAUGAGAGACCAUCCAAGAAAGCCAGACACUCGGAGAAUGGGAUUUCAUCAUCUUCAAAUGGUGUUGAGAUUGCUCGCCGGACUCCUACCAUGAACCACCACCAUUAUGAGAAUCCUGGAACCUUACUAUGUAACCAAUGUGAUGCUGCCCUGCCAAACUUCGAGGCUUUUAGGAGUCACGUUAAGUCUCACAUAGAUGAGGCAGGAGGCCUGAGAGGACUUCUAGGAGGUGGCACAGAGCCUCGCAAGACCCCACCUGUCAUCUGUCCCCACUGUGGGGUUCAACUCAACUCCCCAGCAGAGUUGCCUCGUCAUAUAACAUCCCACUUUUUAUCGUCAACUUCUGAAUUUACCUGCCAAAGCUGCCUGAAGGUGUUCAAGCAUUCUGAUGAUCUUCAAAAACAUCAACUAGAGGUCCAUGCUCAACACCUCUUCAGAUGUGCAAUCUGCAAAGAGAUGUUUGAUUCUAAACAAGCCAUACAGGUUCAUUUUUCGGUGAAUCACAGCAGUGAGUCGAAGCAGUAUCGAUGCAUCGCUUGCCCCACGCUUGCUGUUUAUCAUUCUGAGAUGGACUUCAGUAUUCAUGUCCGGACCAUGCACACCCCACAACUCCUAGCAACGGCCAAACCUCCUGUCAUCCAGCCGGCCCAGCUGUUCCGAUGUUUGUUUUGCCGCUUGAGUUUUCCCACAGAACUAGAGAUGCAACUACACCUGGCUGUCCAUACCAAACAGUUUCAUUGCCAUUUGUGCCCGGAGUCAUUCCAUAUAGAGUUUCUACUUGAUAGACAUAUGCAAACCCAUCACUCAUCUCAGAUACUAAAUGGAGGUGAUGAAAUGGAAAGUUCCCAUUCCAAGCCUAAGGGAGGGAACAAGAGCUCGUCCAAUCACUCAUCAACGAGUAGUACGAGCCGCACUAAUGGGAACAUUGAGUCUAAUAAGAAGCAAGACUCUGCUAACAACAACAUCGUUGGUACCUGUGAGAUUUGCGAGAGAGGUGACUUUGCUUCCGAGGCUGAGUUGGCAGCUCAUCGCAAACUGGUGCACCAUAUAAAGAACUCAUCAUCUGGAAAGUUGAGCUUGCACUGCGCCUACUGCAAUGAGAGCUGCAAGUCCCGCUCAGAUCUAGAAAAUCACAUGAAAAGCCAUUCCCAGGGAUGUGUAACACAGGGCAAGCACAAGUGUAACAUCUGCGAUGAGAUGUGCAGCUCGGCAGCCAUCCUGGCUGAACACAAACUCACUCACUGCAAGGUAAUCAACGGAACAUCCUGCACUCAAUGCAAGGCUUCGAUCACUAAUGAGGAUCAGUUCUACCAACAUCUGAGACAGCAUAGCAACACCUCACCACCAGACAGUGGCAGUCCUACCAAUCAGCUGGUGUUGCCAACUGCUUGUGUCAUCUGCAGACAAACCCUGGUGUCAGAUAUGGAGGCCAGGAUCCAUGCUCGCUUCCAUCUAAACCAAUCAGACACCUCGCAGUGUUCUGUGUGUCUGCACGCAAGCGAUCGUCGUGAGCUAAUCGGAGGAAUUUGUAAAGAGUGCCAUCAACGUCACGGCAAAGCCUCACCAACCCGCUGCACGGAAUGCCAACUUAAGUUUGAGACAGGAUCCGCCCUUGAGGCCCACAUGGCCACUGUCCAUAGAAAAACAUAUCAGUGUAUCAAAUGUCAGGUGAGCUUCGAGAGCGAGAAGGAAAUCCAACUGCACGUUGCCACGCACCUGAUGUCUGAGGGUAACUCAGGACUGGAGUGUCGCUUGUGUAUGCGAGUGCUCGGCUCUCCGUUGCAGCUACAGACACAUCUCAUUGAGCACACUUUUGCCGGCUGUCCCACUUUCACCUGCUACAUCUGUAGUGCAGUAUUCACCGCUGCCCACGGUCUCCAGGCUCACAUGCUGGACCACGGACUGGCCGCCCGACCCUAUGAUUGCCCUCACUGUUCACAACGAUUCUUCUUCCGUGCAGAGCUAGACAACCACAGCUUCUCUCACAUGGAAGAGGAUAGCUCGGAGGAUAGGGCAAAGGUACCACCGUACUACCCAUAUCAUACCAAGAUGGAAUCAGUUAAUUCCUCUCCAAUGUCAACAACUAGCGGAAUGGAAAUGACAUCAUCUGAUUCAAAAUCCAAACCCACAAAAAGCACUGGAAGAGAGGAACUGGACAAUACAGCAAUGCUUCAGUUUCAUACACAACAGCAACACGGUGCCAAAGAGGAUUUAGAUCAUUCUGAAGAAAAAGUCAUCAAGAAAGAAAUAAAGCAAGAAACAUUGGAAGAGGGAGAGGAGGGAGAGGAGGAAGAUGAAGAACAAAUAGAUGUGGGUGAUCAUCAUAGUGAAGAACCUGUUAGAUCUUCUGAAGAUUCUCCAUCAAUGGAAUCAGUUCACCCCGCAACCCUCGAUUUGGCCACAGACAGUUCCUUGAGGCUAUGAAUUGUUCACUCUGAUGUUGUUCUUUCACUAAACCUAAAGGGAACUACUUAGUAUUUCCAAGUAGUCCUCUAUUAAAAAAAGGAACAUAUUGGUACUGUAAAACUUUAUCAAAAGCAACAAAAAUAUAUGUUUUUAUUAGGAUGAGUAUUUUAUGUACAAUUCAUAAAUAAGUAAAAGUUAUUUAGUAAUGUUUAUAAUUUCAUAUUUUAUUAGUAAACAUUGUAUUGCAAAAUAUCAUUCAGUUUUAAAAUCACAAAAAACCCAUAUCAAACAGUUUAUUUUUAUUAGGCAUUUUUACAGUAAGACUCACACACUUCACAAAAGUAAAAACAAAGAGUACAUUUGUAUAUUAAAGAUUUUUUACAUCAUAUUUGAUAGAGAAGGCAAAUUUAAUGUUGUAACUAUCAUACCAACACUAGACAUACCAUCUUCAAAGAAAACUUAAAACAAAAUUGUUAAAACUUGUUACCUCACCUAAAUAUUUGAUCACGUGGGAAAUUGUAUUCAUACUAGAUAGAUCAAAUCAACACAACAUAUCAUUACAUAACAUUUAAAUGAAUUAGAUGAAGCAAUCAAAUAUUCUAUGUAUUGUUCACAAAGAUUACAAACAUAAAUAUUUUUAAAAGAUUUUUACAUAGUGUAGUUCUAAAUUAGGUUUGAAUUUAGGGACGAGAGCCAGGAUUAUUUCUAAUGGAUGAUGGUCUUAUCUGGUAGGCUCUCUUAUGCCAACAAUCAUGAAUGCUCUCUACCGGUAUUUUAAUCUUUUAUGUGUGUCAUAUGUUUUUCAUCAGAGGGCCCCAGAAGGAAGUUUCAGGGUAUGUCUGCUGAUUUUACUAUCAAUUAGAUAUAAUUUCAAAUUGUUAGUCAACAUCAAAAACUAAACCAUGUAUUUAAAAUUAAUAUUAAAAUCACAUAGUAUAACUGGUUUAGAAAUAUAAAGAAAUUUCCUUUUAGUAUUUAUUUUUGUAGAGUGUCUGGUGACAAUCAAAAGGCAUAAUAAAAUGGAAAAAGGUUUAUUGAUUUUUUUAUCAUAUUAAAAUUGAAUGAUACUUUACAAGAUACAUAAUUAAUAUAUGAUCUGUCUUCAACAUCACUCAUUAUGUUACAUUUCAGAAUGAUCACUUCCAUAAUAUUUUGUUAACUUGUAAUCUUAUAAAUAUUUAUUGACUAAUUUAAUUGUCUCAUGUCGUUUUAAGUAAAUUAUGACAUACGAAUGUAUAUAAAGUCCAGAAUACUCUUGUAAAUACUGUAAUGUUUUCCAUCUGCAAUAUGAAUGUUUCGUAUUAUUACAAUGUUAGAUUAUCUGUGAUAGAUUAUUACUCUCUAAUGUUAUGGCUGUAUAAUUUGUGUAGUUUCCUUUUAUAACGCCUUAAAUUGUUUAUAUAUAAUUAUAUAAUAUUUAUUUAUUCAUAAUCAUCACUUAAUUCAGGUGGAGUGUGAAUAUUACUGUUUGUUGUAAAAUCUGUACAUACAUUUCACAUUAAUUUUUCAUUUACCACAAAACUAAAUCUAACUGUUUGUUUUGUGGCUUUAUUGAUGUUAUAGUUUCUGCAUAUUUUGUACUAUGGUUGUUGAUUGAUACUAUUAAUGUUUCUUUGUACCUAACUGUUUUGAUUUAUGUUGUCCAGAUAUAAUAAUCAAUUGUAUUGUAAUCACUGAAUAGUGCACUGAUAUAUUUAAAGUUUUGUGUUUGUUGGUGCUGUCAAAAUAUUUCAAAGAUUUGUCUGGAGGAAUGUUAUUUUUAAAAUAAACCUCCCAAUUCAUUAUGGAAUGAGAGUUUUAAGCAUUACUGAAUCAUUCAAGAGAAAAACACUCACAGUCCAUGAUGUUCAUUGUCCAUCAUUUGCUUUGAAAGUUACAUUUUCUUUAUUGAAUUGUGAAUGGUGUGACAAUACACUUGAUAACAUACCAAGUUUAGACACUUCACAACAUUUGUAAAACAGGAAAAAGUUGACAAACUGUAUAAGUUUGAAUUAUAAAAAUACAAAGUGAUCCUUCCGUGAUAUAUUUGAAACAGGAAAAUAUUUCAUAUUUUAAAUUUUAUUAUAAACAACAUGAAAACAAAAUAAAGUAUUUCACAAAUAACCAGCUUUUAAUGAUAAUAUUAGUCAUUUAGUUAAGGAAACCACCUAAGCCGCAUUUCUCUCUGUUACGUAAAAAUAUAUAAUACUGUAAUAAUAAUUCAGUUUAUGAUUCUUAAAUAUUUCCUUAUUUAGGAAUUGUAUUGCUAUGCCAGUGUAUUAUAUUUUCAUCUACUGUUUCCUUUCUGAAAAUAUCAAUGAUAAUCUUAUUAAUAAAUGCCUACUUUGUUUAUUUGGUAGCUAUUACUUGAAAAACUGUUAUUUACAAUGAAGUAACAAAUUAAUACCAUGUAUUCUAUAAUAUUAACUCUGAGAGAAAUGCAGCUGGUUAAGUGAUUUUAAUAGAGCCCUCAUAUUGAGAUGUUACUAUUACUAACAAUCUAAUGUGUAUAAUUGUACUGUACAAUCACAAUUGAUUGUUGUAUUAAGUUUGUUACAUUAUUGUUCUUUAUGUUACAUUGAUUUUAUAAACCAAAGUAUAUUACAUUGUGCAUCACAAGACUA